AUGUCUUCUUCAUCUUCUUCUUCCUCCUCCUAUUCUCACAAUUGGGUAUAUGAUGUCUUCCCGAGCUUCCGCGGGGAAGACGUCCGCGUAACAUUCUUAAGCCACUUUCUCAAGGAACUAGAUCGAAAACUGAUCACUGUUUUCAAAGACAGCGAGCUGGAGAGAAGCCAGUCGCUUGAUCCCGAGCUUAAACAUGCUAUUAGGGAGUCAAGGAUCGCUGUUGUUGUGUUCUCCAGAAACUACGCCUCUUCAAGCUGGUGCCUUGACGAAUUGGUGGGGAUCGUGGACUGCAAGAAAGAGUUUGGUCAAAUGGUGAUUCCGGUUUUCUACGGUUUAGAUCCUUCACAUGUAAGGAAACAAACCGGUGAUUUUGGAAAGAUCUUUGAUGAGACAUGCCUCAACAAAACAGAGGAAGUGAAGAUUCAAUGGAAGGAGGCUUUGACGAAUGUAGCAAAUCUCCUUGGAUAUCAUUCUGUGACUUGGGGUAACGAAGCUACAAUGAUUGAAGCAAUUGCUAAUGAUGUUUUGAGCAAACUGCUUUUAACUCCAUCAAAGGAUUUUGAGAAUUUUGUUGGCAUUGAAAAUCAUAUUUCUAAAAUGAGUGAGUUGUUGGAUUUGGAGUCUGAGGAAGUGAAGAUGAUUGGUAUAUGGGGUUCCUCAGGGAUUGGUAAGACUACAAUCGCAAGAGUUCUGUUCAGUCGUCUCUCUCGACACUUCCAAGGUAGUAUUUACAUAGACAGACGUUUCAUAGCUAAGAGUAUGGAUAUUUAUAGCAAGAGCAACCCGGAUGACUAUAACAUGAAGUUGCACUUGCAAGAAAAUUUCUUGUGUAAGAUACUAGAUAAGGAGAUGAUAGAGGUUGAUCACUUGGGUGCGGUGAAAGAGAAGCUAAAGAACAUGAAAGUUCUUAUCUUUAUGGAUGAUAUGGAUGACCAAGUGGUGUUAGAUACAUUGGUUGGUGGGGAUGAAUGGUUUGGUCCACGAAGCAGAAUCAUUUUGAUUACAAAAGAUAAGCAGAUUCUAAGGGGGCAUGGGAUAAAAUGUGUUUACGAGUUGGCUUCUGAAGUUGCAGACGGUGCAGGUCGUCUUCCUUUGGGUCUAAACCUUAUAGCUUCGAGUAUGAGGGGGAGAAACAAGAAGUAUUGGGUAGACUUGUUGCCAACUCUUCGGAAAGGUCUAGAUGGGAAAAUUGAGAAAGCACUAAGAGUGAGCUACGAUGGAUUAGAAAGGAAAGAACAUAAAUCGUUAUUUCGUCACAUUUCAUGUUUUUUUAACGGUGAUGAAGUCAGUAACAUCAAGUCGAUGCUUGCAGAUAGUGACUUGAAUGUUGAUAUAGGUCUUGAAAUUCUUGUUGACAAGUCCCUCAUACAUGUAAUACCAUCGCUAGAUCGUACGAAUAUUGUCGAGAUGCACUCUCUAGUAGAAGAAAUGGGAAAAGAAAUUGUCCGUGCUCAGUCCGACGAGCCAGGAGAACGGGAGUUCCUAAUAGAUUUGAAGGAUGUAUGUGAUGUACUUGAAGAUGGCACGGGUACUAAAAAAAUUAUAGGUAUAUCAUUGAAUGUAGAUGAGAUUGAUGAGUUGCCUAUACAUAAGAAAGCCUUCAAAGGGAUGAAAAGACUUCGUUUCCUAAACAUUUACACUAAGAAAUGGGACCAGAAGAAAGAAGUUAGAUGGCACUUACAUGAAGGCUUCAAAGAUUUUCCGCCUAAGCUUAGACUCUUGAGGUGGGACGGAUGCCCAAUGAAACGCAUGCCUUCUAGCUUUUGUCCUCAAAAUCUCGUUAAGAUCCAAAUGCAAGGGAGCAAACUUGAAACGUUGUGGGGAGGAAUUCAUUCACUUACAGGGCUCAAGAAAAUGGAUUUACGGAGAUCUACAAAUCUAAAAGAGAUCCCAGAUCUCUCCAUGGCCACUAAUCUCAAGACACUUAAUCUUGCGUAUUGCUCAAGUUUGGUGGAGCUUCCUUCCUUUAUUCAGUUUCUCAGCAAACUCAAGGAGUUAGAGAUGUCAUUUUGCGAAAAUUUGGAGAUUCUUCCAACCGGAAUGAACCUCAAAUAUCUCAAACGGCUCAGUCUCAGGGGAUGCUCACGACUGAAGAGUUUUCCUAAUAUCUCAAGCAACAUCCCUAUACUAAAAUUAAGCGAAACAGCGAUUGAAGAGUUUCUCCCUAACUUACGUCUAGAGAAUCUCGUCGAGCUUGAAAUGUGGAGAAUGAAAAGUGAGAAAUUGUGGGGAAGAGUUCAGCCGCUUACACCCCUCAUGGCAAUGCUAUCUUCCUCCUUGACCAAGUUGUCCCUCUCGGAUAUCCCGACUUUGGUGGAGCUUCCUUCUUCAUUUGAGAAUCUCAAUAAACUGGAAACGUUGAGCAUUAUAAACUGCAUAAAUCUGGAGACUCUUCCAAAUGGCAUCAACCUCAGAUCUCUUGAUUUACUCAAUAUGACUAGAUGCUCACGGUUGAGGAGUUUUCCUGAUAUCUCAACCAACAUCUCAAAGCUUUUUCUAAGCGGAACAUGGAUUCACGAGGUUCCUUGGUGGAUCGAGAACUUUAGUAACCUAAUCUUGAUAAGAAUGUGGGAAUGCAAAAACCUGAAGCAUGUUUCCCUCAACACUUCUAAAAUGAAACAUCUUCAGCUGGUAGACUUUUUAGAUUGUGGGGCAUUGACUGAAGCUAGCUUGAAUGAUAGUCCAAGUGCGGUGGCAAUGGCAACAGACAGUUAUCACUCUAAUUUUUCUCCAUCGCUUCAAGAAGAUCACUGUACACCAAACAUCCGACUCAAUUUCGCAAACUGCUUCAACUUGAAUCAGGAAGCUCUAAUUGAAAAACAAACAGUUUCACAGGAACAACUAGUCUUGCCAGGGGAAGAAGUGCCUUCAUUUUUCACUCAUCAAGCGUCUGGCACAUCCUCCUCUCUGACCACCCCUCUGCUUCCUAGUUCUCUCUUGCAACCAUUCUUCAGAUUUAGGGUUUGCGCUGUUCUUAAGUCCAUAAGUAGUGUCGAUGGUGUAGAUAUCCAUGUAAACUGUCGGUUCAAAGACAGAUUUGAGAACAUCUCUGAAUCCUUUGGCCAUCGACAAAGAUUUUGGGCCACUCAUAAGGAUAGUCAUCUGUUUAUAAUGGACUGUUGUUUCCCUCUAAACAAAGACAAUGCUCCUCCUAUAGCUAAACCGACCUACGAUCACGUGGAUAUACAACUUCAGAUAAGUACAAAUGCUGUUCUACCUUCACUGAACUACGGGGACUCCACAUUAAGGUUAAAGAGAUGGGGUGUACGCCUCUUGAACGACUAUUCAUCAGCGGAGAAAAGACUUGGUAAUAUAAAUACUCUUCCACAUGUUUGUGAAGCCGAUGAAGACAAUAUGGUUGAUGAUGAAUGCAAUGAGACUGAACAAGGUGACGAAUAUGGAGAUAGCUUGGUGGAGACGGAAAGAUGCAGGAAGCGUAUGCGGACUACAUGA